ACAAAGAACGUUCGUACGUGUCGGUAGCGAUUUUUGUGCUUUUCCGUAUUCAAAUUUACCCGUGGCUGUAUCGGAUCGUUUCGGGGAUCGCCUAAGCAAAAACAAGCACUAAGUUUAGCGAUGGGAAAAAGCGUACGAUCGAAGCUCGCGCGUUGUGAUAGAAAGUGAAAAGAAAACCCCGCCGCGUGCCGACGCCAGAGCCAUUUUCCUUCGUCGCAAACCACAACCACACGUCAUUUCUACAGUUGAAGUUAAAGCACCUUUGGCUGACGGGUGUGUGUAGUGAGGUAACCAAACUGCAUCAAAGCAAAAUAGCAAAAAAACGCCGGCUCGCAGCGCGAAUAGAGUGAAAAGAGCAGCCAAACCGCGGGGAGUGUGAGAAAAAUGGGCACUGCAAGCGAAAGAAAGUGAAAAGAGAUGUGAUAUUGCGAGAAGAGCGGCAGUGGGCGAAGUAGGGUGGCAGUGCAAUCGCAAGUGAUCCAAAUAAAUUGAUGUAACCGAGCGAGACAAAGCAUCCACGGCUUCAUCGCUCGUCUUAAAACAGCAUCCUCAGCAACGCCGAGCGCGACAUAAGCAGCAAACAGUAGCAACAACAACAACAAACAAGAAAUACCUAAGCGAAGAAGUUGAUUAAAUAAUAAGCUUACCUUUGUGGCGUGGCGGUGAAGUAAUCCGGCAGAGGCUGUGUGCAAGAGAGACAUAGUGGGUCUCUCGGUGUCACGAAAAGUUACAGCAGAGUAGCAUCAGUUCGCCGAACCGAGAUAAAAAGGAAACCAGAAGCAUCAGCUGUGAAUUAUUGCCUUCAAACUGAUAAAACGACCGAAUCAAACGCUGCAAAACUGUUUCCACCACCGACGAGCGACCUUCCCUUACGAUGAAGGGUUGGUUCGACGCCUUUCGAGACGAUGGAGCUCCCACGCUGUACUCGUUCUCGAACCGAACCCCGGUCACUGGCGAUGUUUCGAUUGUGGCCGUUUGCGUUUUGUUUGCCACUAUCUAUCUGGCAUUUCUGGUCAUCUUCCCCGGUGUCCGAAAGCAGAAAUUCACUACUUUUACAUCAGUUACGCUUAGCUUAUUCGUAGGACUAGUCAUUUUAGUUUCCCGCCUUGGUUCAGCUUGGCAUGUGGCCCAAUCAACCAUCGUCGCACCGUACAAAGCGUUCUCUCGCGAGAAACUGCCGGCCAAGAUCGGCGCCCACAUCGGACUGAUGCAUAUAAACAUAACCUUGGUGGCACUUCCGGUUGGAAACUGGACACCACCGGAUAUCGAUUUCAACGAACAGUUUAGCUGGGAUCAAGCGAAUGACAUGGGCAAUUCGUACCGCAACGCGCUUCAACGUGGCUUGCCAUAUCCCAUUCUGACCGUGGCAGAGUAUUUCAGCCUGGGACAGGAAGGGUUCGCCUGGGGAGGCCAAUACCGAGCGGCCGGCUAUUACGCCAGUAUCCUACUGUGGGCAUCGUUCGCUUCGUGGCUGCUGAUGAAUCUACUCCUGGUGGCAGUGCCCCGCUACGGGGCCUACACGAUGACACUGACGGGAGCUCUGUUGGUCGGGGCUAGCAUCGGUUACAGCAUGAUGCUACCGAAGCGACCGCUGAUGAUCUUUAUCGAGGGAGGCCGCAUCAGCUUCCAGCUGGGUUGGUGCUUCUGGCUUGUGCUGGUCGCAGGCAUCCUGUGUUUAACGAUAGGACUGGUAAUAUCCGUAAUUGAUUUGGUGUGGCCCCAUCGCUUCUCAACGAUUCUAGAAGUUUAUUACGACACUCCUUACGACAGACACGUGAUAUUGGAAGAAUCUCACGAUGUCCGAUACCGCAAACGUAAUAGCAAAGGUCUAGAAGAUCCACCGGGAUUGGGAUCACGUAUUCUACGUCGCUUAUCGUCGAAAACACGGGACCAGUCGAACGACAAGACUGGCAUCGAAAACCGUGGCUUCCAGCACGAUGUACCUAAAUCGCCCUGGCGUUAUCCAUUCCGGCGAGCCCAGCAGACUCCACCGGAAAGAAUUCAGCGAACAAUUUCGCAGGAUUCCAACUCUAGCAUCGCAUCCGCAGCGGCCAUGUCACCAUCACUGCACAAAGUCGCACUCUCCAGAAUGCUACCGAAACCCCCUCUGGAGCGCACCCGUGAAAUCUCCAAUUGGUAGAACAGCAAGCAAGAAUAACUCAUCAACCGGCUCCGGACCGGACGCCAAUCCUCAAAUAAAAACUAAUUAGAAAACGAAUACACGCGUGCAACUUUACGUGAUGAAUCUCUUGUGAUAUUAAAUCGUAAAACAGCAGAAUUGAUAAAUGCGAAUAAUUUAAACAAAAGGAGAACAACUGCAGAUAUUACGGACCAUAUUCAACGACUUACCUUAUGAUUAGAGCAAACAAUUUUAGUUAGGUACCUUCCAGACAUUGGUUAAGACAUGCUGUAAUCGCUUCGUAUGGAGCAUAUUUUAACUAGGACUGUAGUAGCAUUCUAUGAAUUAUUCCAGAAUUUCAAUUGGCCAAUCAACAAUUUUCAUUACAAUGUAUCGAUAAAGACUACCGUGUAACGUCUUAUUUUAAGCUAUUUAUUGAUAAAAUCAAUGUGUAGGGAAUUUUAAUAGAUAGGAAAACAUUUAAGAAACAACAAUCAGUGACGUGAAUGUAUUCCUUGGAGAAUCAAGUAUUAUGUGAAACAUUAAAACAAGAUUGUAUUCGAAGAAGAUUAAUAGGAUGUACGCUUACGCAAAUGGAAUAUAGUUUAGAUUGUAU